CAAAAUAAAAAUGUCGGAAAACUAUAUAUAAAAUUGGAGGUAUCACCAUGUCUGAUCAAAGUGGGAAAAAGAAGAGUGAUAUAUCUGAGUUGAGAGUUACUUUACUAUAUAUAGAUAGAUAAUUUUUUCAAAAUCAUAUUAAUUUUCUUUGCAUAACUAUUAAUUACACGGCAUUCCGAUUUCUCAGCUUCCUCUUUCAAACUCAAUUUCAAUCCAUCAAUUCUAUUUUUUUACCCCUAAUGUUUCAAUCAGAAUAACCAAGGUACUGCAUGAAAACUGUGUUAUUUUAAAAAAAAAUAAAAAUAUGAGAUGUUAUUAUUGUUUAGUGUAGAAAUUGUUUGCAGAAGAAGAAAGGGAAGGAAUGAAUGACAAUGUUUGAUUGUGAUUGUUAAUGUGAGGAAAAUGGAUUCAGCGAGGAGUUGGUUUCAUAAGUUUCAACCGCGGGAUAGACUGAGAGCUUCAACGAGGAAGAAGGAUGAUGGUAAUGGCGUGAUAGAUGAUGCCAAUGCGGUUGUUGAUGAGACGGAUCUUUCCAAUGUUACCAAGCAGAAGGUUGCUGCUGCUAAGCAAUAUAUCGAGAAUCAUUAUAAAGAACAAAUGAAGAAUCUUCAAGAGAGAAAAGAACGUCGAACUGUCUUAGAAAAGAAGUUGGCUGAUGCUGAUGUCUCCGAGGAAGAUCAAAAUAACUUACUUAAAUAUUUAGCGAAGAAGGAAACCGAAUAUAUGCGUCUUCAAAGGCAUAAAAUGGGUGUUGAGGAUUUUGAGAUGUUAACUAUGAUUGGAAAAGGUGCAUUUGGGGAGGUUAGAGUCUGCAGGGAAAAGACUACAGAUCAUGUAUAUGCAAUGAAAAAGCUAAAGAAAUCGGAGAUGCUUCGAAGAGGCCAGGUAGAACAUGUCAGAUCUGAGAGGAAUCUCCUUGCAGAGGUUGACAGCAAUUGCAUCGUCAAACUUUAUUGUUCUUUCCAGGAUGAUGAGUAUUUAUAUCUUAUUAUGGAGUAUCUACCGGGAGGGGAUAUGAUGACUCUUCUUAUGAGAAAGGAUACAUUAACCGAAGACGAAGCCCGAUUUUAUGUAGGAGAAACAGUUCUGGCUAUUGAAUCUAUACAUAAACACAAUUAUAUACAUAGGGAUAUUAAACCUGAUAACUUAUUACUUGAUAAAUAUGGACACUUGAAACUAUCGGAUUUUGGACUAUGUAAACCGUUAGACUGUAGUGUACUUGAAGAAUCAGACUUUUCUAUUGGCCAGAAUGCAAAUGGAACAACACAAAAUGAUGAUCGUGCAUUUCCAAAACGUACACAACAAGAACAGUUGGAAAACUGGCAGAAAAAUAGGAGGACACUUGCUUAUUCUACCGUUGGUACACCAGAUUAUAUUGCUCCGGAAGUUUUGUUGAAGAAAGGUUAUGGGAUGGAAUGUGAUUGGUGGUCACUUGGAGCUAUUAUGUAUGAAAUGUUGGUGGGAUAUCCACCUUUUUAUUCUGAUGAUCCAAUGUCAACAUGUAGGAAGAUAGUAAACUGGAAGUCUCACUUAAAGUUUCCCGAAGAAGCAAGGCUAUCUCCGGAGGCCACAGAUCUUAUAAGUAAGCUUUUGUGUAAUGUCAACCAAAGGUUGGGGUCAAAUGGUGCGGUUGAAAUAAAGUCUCAUCCAUUCUUUGAAGGUGUUCAAUGGGAAAAGUUGUAUCAAAUGGAAGCUGCAUUUACUCCUGAAGUAAACGACGAGUUAGAUACUCAAAAUUUUGAAAAGUUUGAAGAGUCUGACAGCCAGACACAUUCAUCGUCAAGAUCAGGUGGUCCAUGGAGAAAGAUGCUUUCAUCAAAGGACAUAAAUUUUGUUGGAUAUACAUACAAGAACUUUGAAAUUGUUAACGACUAUCAAGUUCCUGGGAUGGCUGAGUUGAAGAAAACCUCCAAAUCGAAGAGGAAGCCAUCUGUCAAGUCGUUGUUUGAUGGUGCGUUGGAGACUUCUGAGGUGUCUGAUACUUCAGAAGUGUCUGCAAGCAAUCCACCUACUAAAUGAAGUUUAUAAAUCCCUUGACACUCAAAUUAGUAGUAUCUCAAAGCUUGAAGGAAUCUUCCUCCUAACAAGGAGUCUCUGAUGAUCUACCUGCUUAGAAAGUACAGGAGCCAUAACUCAAACCAAUGGCAUUUUUUGACCAUUUAUAUUCUUAAUAAAUUUUUUGACGCUAUUCCACAUUUGGAUUGUUCUUGGCAACAUCAACGAUUACACGUUUGUAAGCUUGAGGAAAGGUGGAAGAAAGUAUUGUGUGUAGAACUAACCGAUUAGCCUCAACACGGUUUAGAUGAAUCUUGCAAGUUUUGUGAAUCAUGUGACACAGUGUAUAUUCAUUUAUAUAUAGUUAAAAAAAGGUGUAUAUUUGUGUGUAUUCUUUUACAUUAUCCCAAUGGAUGAUGAUAGUGGAGACGUGGUUCCUCACUCUGUCUCUAUUGAAGGACA